AUGACUCCCACUCUCAUCACCGAUGAUGCCGAUAUUUUCAGCCGCCAUUCGAAUCGUGGUGGUACCAACGAGUUGACGAAGGCACUCAACCGGUUGGCGGAUCGUGAGGCAGCCCAGAGAGUAGACAAGGCAGAGGCAAAAUGCAACACAAUUCCUGAAAAGAAAACUGGUGACGAGCGAGCAACAACGGCCCUCAACACCUACAGCUCCACAACGACGGAAUAUGUGAAUGAAGAUGAUAAGCGGCUACUGACAGUGGAUGGUGCCAGCAGGAAUUUGAUUCAUUUCCACUUCCUAGUAUGGGUCGACGAGCUGAAGUUCAAGGACACGCCUGAGGACUCCGCCCAUGAUCUGCAGUGUAACAUGAAGCUCUCAGAAGUGCCGCGGGGCGCGUCGAUAGCUGCGGAUCUCUUUGGUGGCAUUGCUCUAUCCCUGUCCCAGUGCUGGGCGAAGUCCCUCAUCGCUGUCAGGUCCAAGCUUCAGGAGGCCCUUCUUCUGAGCCUCAAAAUGUACAAGAGUAGGCCUGGUGAUCCAAAUGAAGUCAUUCACUGGACCUUGAAGUUGGCAGUGUUCGACCCAGGCUCUGCCAGUGCAGUAGCCGGCAUAUGGCAGCAAACGCUGAGCCGUUUCCAUUGA